GAUUAAUUUUUCAAGGGAUGCAGUAGUCCGGUCUUAUGCAGGCCCUAGCAAUACGCCUCAGUGUGCCGCCGGCCUUCCGAUUUACCAGAAUCGGGCGUCCCCAGCCCAACAACUACGACAAUUUACAGCAGGUGGAGUGGAAACUGGCGCAUCUGGCAGAGACAAUGGUCGUGGAAUUUGAAUCCCGAGGGUUCUUGGCCAACAGCUUGGCAGAUCUGGAGCCCGAGAUGCUAGAUUUGCGCCCGGCAGACGUGGAGGCGAUGGCGGUGAACUCGAUGUUCGAGAUCCACCGCUUCCUUGGCUGGAGCGUCUGGAUGGACAAGGUGUUGUCGACGAUCAAGGCGACGAAGCCAAAGAUCGUGACGGUGGUGGAGCAGGAAGUGAACCACAGCGGGCCGGUGUUCGUGGACAGGUUCACGGAGGCGUUGCAUUACUACUCGAGCAUGCUUAGACUCGCUGGAAGGGUCGUCGUCGUCGUCGCAGCCGGCGAGUCAGGAUUUGGUGAUGUUGGAGCUAGUGAUUAAUUUAUCAUAUUAUUUAUUUUUGUAAUAUAAUUAUUUUUUUAUUAAAUAAGUAAUAUGAUA